AUGGAAAGGAAAUUUUAUCUUCAAAUUAUAAUACUAGGGAUAAUUUUAUUAUCUAUAAAGUAGGUAGAUGCUUUAAAAUAUACUAUACUUACAUCGCCUUUUCCUCCAAUGGUUUAUUGCACAGAGGGAGAUACUGAUAAGGCAAAUUUUUAAGGAUUAGACAUAGAAAUGUUUAAUAAUAUUGCAAAUUAAUUAGGAUGGGCGAGCACAGAUUUUACUUAUGAAUGCAUUGAUUUUUCACAGUUAAAUUCAUAUUUAUAAAAGACUGAUAAAUAUGUAGGAUUUAUUGGAGGUCUAACUAUAGAUUCUAAAAGAGAGUAAGAUGGAAUAAUAUUUUCAUACCCAAUGUGGAACACUGGCAUUUCUAUACUGAUAUACAACAAAAAUGAUUACUGGCUUCAAGUAACUGUCCUAACUUCUCAAAUUUGUGCUUUAGUUAUAGCAACUGCUUUAGUUAUAGGAUUUAUUCACUUCUUUUUAGAAAGGCAAGAAUAUUGCCUUGAUUAGUUUUUAUGGAACUCAAUGACCAGUAUUUUUUUUAUUACUACAAUUAACCUGAAGAGAAGUGGGUCAAGACUUAUAUAAAUAACUUUUUGGUUCAUGAUUAUGAUAAUUUCUUCAACUUAUUUGGCAAAAAUGACAAAUAUUCUAACAAUUGAGUAACCUUUAUACUCGAUCAAAUCUCCAUAUGAUUUGAACAAUAAAAGGGUUAUAAAUUAUUCUGUUAAUAGCUAUUAACUUUACUAAUAUGGUGCUAUCCCUCUUUAUUCAGAUUUCGGAUCUGAUGGAGAGACUUUAUAUGAUGAUAUCAGCUUAGAGUAGGUUGUUAAAAAUUUAAGCAGAGAUGAUGAUUUUAAAGUAGUUGCAUAUGCAAUUGAUGACAUUUAGGCUUAAUCUUUUGAAUUCUCAAACUGCAAUUUAUAUUUAGUAGGAAGAAACUUUUAUUAAUUUAAUUAUGGUAUGGCCUUUAAUAUGAAUUAAGAUCCUAACUUGAUUUCUUAAAUUAAUAAACAAAUUUAAAUUUAUAAUGUCAAUUCAUUCAGCAAGAAAAUAAUAGAUGCUUUUUUAUAGAAAAAUUACUCCAAGUGCAAUAAAGGAGCAUUUGAUGAUUAGAUCACGUUUGAUUAAGUUGGAGGACUUUAUAUAAUACAAGCUAUUGCUAUUUGUGUUUCUAUUCUAGUUUAUUUAAUUGCCAAAAUACCUUUAGUAAGAAGAAUUUUAAUAAAGCUGUAGAAAUAUAAAAUAGUUAGUGAGCCUAUUUAAGAAUCCAAAGCCUUAUAAGGAGAUGAAUUAGUCUUAUAAAAUAUCAAGCAAGUCACUAAAGAAUAAAUUACUAAAUUUUAGUAGUCUAUCGAAGAUAGAUUAGAUGAAAUGGAUGAAAAUAUCAUUAAGUUUUAUGAAAUUUUAUUGAACGAAGAGCAACUUAAAAAGCUUAAAAUUAUUGAGUAAGAUUAGAAUAGUCACAAUGAUUUACUACAAAAGUCAGAUCAUAUAAAUAAUCUUUUUAUAAAAAAAACUGACAGUAAAAUAAGUUAUUAGAAUCAAGUUCAUUAUGAUCAAAACAAUAAAGAGGCUAAGGAAGAUAACUAAGAAUAACAAUCUCAGGUUCAUAAAGAUAUAGUCUUGGAAGGUGAAGUGGAAGCUGCCGAAUCUGAUAAUCAUGAGCAUUUAUUUGACAACAACCAUUUUUGA